AUGGUGUCUGCUAAUGUGGACCCCGCAGAUAUUCCCAAGGUGGUCCCUCUCACCUGCCACGGGCACUCUCGCCCAGUGACUCACUUGAGCUUCUCCUCGACUGUGGAAGAAGAUCAAUACUAUCUAAUCUCUGCUUGCAAAGAUAACAAUCCUAUGCUCCGGGAUGGUAUCACCGGUGACUGGAUUGGUACAUUCUUAGGCCACAAGGGUGCAGUAUGGCAAGCGCGGCUCUCUGCUGAUGCAGCCAUUUCAGCCACAGCCUCAGCUGAUUUCUCCGCGUAUCAAAGUAUGGGACACGUACACCGGCGAGUGCCUGCACACUUUACAGCACGCUCACAUUGUGCGAGCCAUUGCGUUCCCUAUCCAAGCCAACCCGCAGGUCCUCGCAACUGGCGGCGCAGAAAGAAGCUCCGUAUCUUCGACUUGACCCGCAGCGCUGCCGGUGGAGGCGGCAGUAAUGGUUCCUCGCCACCGCUCCCCGCGCCCAGCAGCGGCAGCGGUGGGAACACCACCGACUCGGUAACCAGCUAUGAGAUUGGGCCGGGCAUCCACGGUGGCACGAUCAAGUCUAUCGUCUGGAACCAUGACUACAACAUCAUGACGACGGCCGCAGAAGAUCGCAAGAUCCGUUGGUGGGAUCUGCGCUCUCGCCAUCCCGUCAUGGAGUACGCCGUCGACGGCACAAUCGGCACCUGUGAGUUGAACAGUCUUGCCUCGCGGUCGAACGACCCUGGAAUCCUGACCGUUGCCGCGGGCAAGAGCGUUUAUCUCUUCGACGGCACGCAGCCGGGCCGGCUGCUGAAGAAGGUCGACUUCGGUUACGAGGUUGCCAGUGCCGCAGUGAACAGCGACUCUGGCCGCCUGGUCACAGGCAGUGCCGGAGACACCUGGGUGCGGGUGUAUGACCUGCACACGGACGAGGAGCUAGAAGUCCAAAAGGGCCACCACGGCCCGAUCUGGUCCAUCGGCUUUUCGCCCGACGGUAAGCUGUACGCCACGGGCAGCGAAGACGGGACCAUCAAGCUUUGGAAGGCGUGCCGAGAGCCAUACGGUCUGUGGCGGUGA